AUGGCCAUGUCGCUCUCCCUCGCGCGCCUGGCCCUCCCGCCGGUCCUCCAGGCCCUCCCCGGCAGGAGGCAGGCCCACUCCGCCCUCGCCUUCCCGGCCAACUCAUUCUUCGGCGCGCCGCUGGCCGUGGCCGCCGCCGGCGCCGCCGCGCUCUCCCCGGCGGCCCCGCUCCCGCGCUCCCUCGCCGUCGUCGCCGCCGGGAAGGGGUACAAGAUGAAGACGCACAAGGCAUCGGCGAAGCGGUUCAGGGUGACGGGCACCGGGAAGAUCGUGCGGCGCUGCGCCGGGAAGCAGCAUCUGCUCAGCAAGAAGAACGCCAAGCGCCGGAAGAGGCUCUCCAAGAUGGUCCAAGUUAACAAGAGCGACUACAGCAACGUGAUGGGUGCGCUGCCCUACCUCAAAGUGAACAAGAAAGCAGGCUGA